CUUGGCGGGAUGGCAUACCUGCCAUCCCAAUAGCCCAGGGGUUUCUUUUUUAUCGCUCUUUUGAUCACUGAAGUUGAAGCACUAAACUUCCUCUUGAAUCAUGCAGGCAAACAGAGGGGUCACAUUGAUCUUGCUGAGCCUAAUGACAAGACUGGGGAGCCCAAAGGAUGUACUGACUCUGCAGCCUAACUGGCCCCUGUUCUUCACUGGAGAGACCGUCACUCUCAGGUGUUUGGGACAGCCAUUCAAACAUUUUGGAUUCACAUGGUCCAGAUAUGAAUCAAAUAGUCUUGUGACAAAGCACACAUCCCAAGAAAACUACUACACCAUCGCACCUGUUACUGAAGCCCACAGUGGUGUAUAUAGGUGUUAUGCUGAAUCCAGCAGUGAUCCUGUUAGACUGAACGUGUCAGCACUGCCUAAAGCCACUCUGACGGUACAGCCAAAAUGGCACCCACUGUACAAUGGAGAGAACGUCACCCUGAGGUGUGAGGUGGACCCCUACAGCAACUGGAUAUAUUCCUGGUACAAAGACCAGGCCCAGAUGGCUUUGUCUCAGACUGCUGGUCACAGUGUAACUGGUAACAGACUCAACAUCCCUGGUGCAGCUGGGUCUGACCAGGGGCAGUACUGGUGUGAGGGGAGGCUGGAGGGGAGAAAUGUGACAUCACAGCGCAGCGACUCCAUCCCUCUUGCAGCCCUGCCUAAAGCCACUCUGACUGUAGAGCCAAAAUGGCGCCCACUGUACAAUGGAGAGACCGUCACCCUGAGGUGUGAGGUGGACUCCUACAGCAGCUGGACAUAUUUCUGGUACAAAGACCAGGCCCAGAUGGCUGUGUCUCAGACUGCUGGUCACAGCGUGACUGGUAACAGACUCACCUUCCCUGGUGCUGCUUGGUCUGACCAGGGGCAGUACUGGUGUGAGGGGAGGCUGGAGGGGAGAAAAGUGACAUCACAGCGCAGCGACUCCAUCACUCUGACUGUAGCACUGCCUAAAGCCACUCUGACUGUAGAGCCAAAAUGGCGCACACUGUACAAUGGAGAGACCGUCACCCUGAGGUGUGAGGUGGACUCCUACAGCAACUGGAUAUAUUUCUGGUACAAAGACCAGGCCCAGAUGGCUGUGUCUCAGACUGCUGGUCACAGUGUAACUGGUAACAGACUCACCAUCCCUGGUGCUGCUGGGUCUGACCAGGGGCAGUACUGGUGUGAGGGGAGGCUGGAGGGGAGAAAAGUGACAUCACAGCGCAGCGACUCCAUCAAUCUGACUGUUGCAGCCCUGCCUAAUGCCUCUCUGACUGAAGAGCCAAAAUGGCGCCCACUGUACAGUGGAGCGACCGUCACCCUGAGGUGUGAGGUGGACUCCUACAGCAACUGGACACAUUUCUGGUACAGAGACCAUAACCAGACAGCCACAUCUCUCACUAAAGAGUACAGUGUAAACAUCACUGGGGCUGCUGGAUCUGACCAGGGGCAGUACUGGUGUGAGGGGAGGCUGGAGGGGAGAAAUGUGACAUCACAGCCCAGCGACUCCAUCACUCUGACUGUUGCAGGUGAGUCUCAGAAUGAAGAGAAUGUGGAAGUUGCCUUAUAAAACCUUCACACAGAAGCUGGAUCAGUGUGCUCAUGUGGAAUGAAGAACGUUUGAGAGCUCAGGAUUAUUUUUCAAUGUGUUGUUUCCUUUAGAGUGCAGGAUCUGUAUAAUACAUGUGAGGUUCUGAUUCACCAGAGCUGCACUUGUGAUGUUUCUCUAAGUUAGUCAGCUUUGAUUGCUGUAUGUUUGCUUCAGGUCCUACGCUGAACUUUAUAUAUUAUGUAGUAAACUCGCCGCAAGCUUACAUACAACCUAAACAACUGAGACUCUGCAACAUGUUCAACAUGCAUUUCAUGUGUCUGCUUGUAUUAGUAUUAAAUUAAAUGGACUUUAAAGUGUGUUCUUUUUUGUUCCUUCUUUAUUUUAACAUAAGAAAUAGAUGGAAAAAUAAACAUAUGUGUAAUGUAACAUCCCCAGUAGGUCAGUUAUACCACCUUCCACUGUGGUGAACAAUACAAUCUAAUCGAAGUGUGAGAAGGAGAACCCGAGCAGGAAUGGUGAGCUGAAUGUGGAGAGAGAAGCUGAGGGCUCGAUUGUUUUUAUUAUAUUAUUUUUAUAUAAUUACUGUUAAUACUUCUACUGUAAUAACAAUUUACCAGUCAUAACUUUCUUGUGCUCAUUCUUUGUGGUGAUGAAUCGUGACAAAUAAAUAUUAAUAAAUAAGUAGGCUAAAGCUGG